GUUUGAUUACCGCAAAGGAUGGUGGGUAAUCAUCUAGCUAGCCACUAGGAUUUGCCUGAAGGUGACGCUGAGUGCUGACUUGUAUUUCCUGGCGGAUCACGUGAUGCGGAACACGGUACGUGACGUCACGCCGUCCCUUUAUUAAUGCAGGUCUCGGGGGGUGCUGGAGCCUAUCUCAGCUGCAUUCGAGUGGAAGGCAGGGUGCACCAGGGAAGAAGCAGCAGGAGGUUCCUCCAUCAAGGAGGAGGAGGAGGAGGAUGAGGAGGAUGAUGAGGAGCAGCGCACUCGCACUCAGCCGUCCGCGGUAAAAGUGACGGCCAGGUCCCGGGUGAUGGACGGCGGGUAGACGCGCGGCCAUGGCGGCGGACUCCUCUAGCGGCAGGAUCACCCCGGAGAUGCUGCAGGAGACCCUGCAGUACUACAACCUGAGCCGGCAGGACUUCAUCAGCACCUACAACAUCCAGCCUCUGGUCUACGUGCCCGAGCUGCCCCGCGGCGCCAAGACCGCCUUCGUGCUGAUGUACGCGCUCAUCUUCCUGCUGGCGCUGGCCGGCAACAGUCUGGUGAUCUGCGUGGUGCUGAAGAAGAGAGCCGUGCACACCAACACCGACAUCUUCAUCUGCUCCCUGGCCGUCAGCGACCUGCUCAUCACCUUCUUCUGCGUGCCUUUCACGCUGCUGCAGAACAUCUCCUCGGAGUGGUUCGGAGGCGUUCUGGUGUGCAAGACGGUUCCCUUCGUGCAGACCACGGCGGUGGUGACGGGCAUCCUCACCAUGACCUGCAUCGCCAUCGAGAGAUACCAGGGCAUCGUCUUCCCGCUACGAAUGAGGCGACAGUCCACGUCCAAAAGGGCGUACAAGAUGCUGGGGCUUGUUUGGAUGGCCUCAGUCGUCGUUGGUUCUCCUAUGCUUUUUGUGCAGCAGCUGAAGGUGAAGUACGACUUUGUGUACGACCACCACCACGUGUGCUGCCAGGAGAUCUGGCGCUCGCCGACUCACAGGCAGGCGUACACCACCUUCAUCAUGGUGGCGCUGUUCCUGCUGCCCCUGGCCGCCAUGCUCUUCCUCUACACCCGCAUCGCCUUUGAGCUGUGGAUCCGCAAGAGGGUGGGCGACUCGUCCGUGCUCAACACCAUGAACGACCGCGAGCUGGUCAAGAUCUCCAGGAAAAAGAAGCGAGCCGUCAAGAUGAUGAUCACCAUCGUCCUGCUCUUCACCGUCUGCUGGGCGCCUUUCCACACCGUCCACAUGCUCUUUGAAUACUACAACUUGGAGAACAAAUUCGACGACGUGACGUUGAACAUGAUCGUCGCCGUGGUGCAGGCCAUCGGCUUCUUCAACAGCUUCAACAACCCCAUCGUGUACGCCUUCAUGAACGAGAACUUCCAGAAGAGCUGCGUCUCCACGCUGUCGCAGUGCAUGAGGAAGCACAACCGCGUCGUGGCCGCCACGCCUCCCCCUCCGCCUCCUCCGCCUAAAGCCGCCGUGCAGUUCAUCAGGCUGCAAACCCGAGAGGAAUUCCUGGAGUCCAAAGAGGGCGCGCAGCAGCAGCAGCAGGCCAGGGCCGACAAAGGUCAAUCGAGUUCAUCGCGCGGCGAAACCACCUUGCCGUUGGUCGGUGAGAAGAUCUCAACCAUUCAGACGGAGCUCGCGGCCAACUCUCAGGAGACAUGAGGCUUUUUUUGCACUCUUUUCAAGGACAUUUGCUGCUGAAGGACGCACAUUUCAAAUGGAGGACAAUUUUAUACCAAUCGCUUCACUGCCAAUUUUAUGUGAUAAAUAUAAUGGCGUCUGCUUUGUCUCAUGGAGGUCCAGAUCUGUUUUUUGUGCGCAGAUGCUUUUUUAACACAUUAAAAAUGUGUACGAAUUUCUCUUGUCGAAGAGUGGAACUUUUCCAGGGUACAAAUUGUUGAGCCUUAGCUUUUUAAAAGACGUUCACGUAAAUCCACAUGUUUUUAUUCCAUGAUAAAAAUAACACAGAUAGGAUUAAUGUGAUUUUAGUGCGAAUCUGUCGAUUGGAUUUAAAUGCAUUAUCAACAUAAAUACAAAAACAGAUGUUUCUUGGUAUAAAUAAUUGCAAACAAAAGCACUUCUC